AUGUUCAGCUUCGAUGAGCUGGUCGGCGUGCUUGGCUGCCCUCCAAGUCAGCCAGAGUUACAGGCUCUGCUGAAUCAAGGCAGGAGCGACAAGUCGGCGGAUCUAGUUGAACCAGAAGUCAAGGCGUACCCCGAUAUCGUCUACCACAACUACCCGGCUUUGGGUUUGAGCUUCCAGUUCGAGCCAGCCACAUCGAAAACAGAUGCAUCCAAGGCAAAUCUUCAAGACCUGCGUCUGGCAGCCAUCGAUGUCUACUCAGGGCACGAGGACAAACGAUGGACUUGCUUUCCCGCCCUCCCACUCACUCUCAAGGCGGCUCGCACUGACGCCGUCACGCAUCCGCUAGAGGUAUCGAUCAAGUCCGAUACAAAAGGCAAGGACCUAGUCACAGACCUCGGCGAGCCGCACCGCAAAGGGGGUGGAGCUGGAGAUCGUUCGGGUCCUGCGGCUUGGAUGGAGUGGAGCCUGCAGCUGAAGGCAGCAGAUACAGCACAGGAGAGAAAGUUCAAGCUCCAGGUCGAACUGGCCGGAGCUGGCGCCCGCGGAGCAGAUCGGUGGAACGCUGAACGUGCCGGCGCUUGUCAGUGGGCGGUCAUCACCAUCAGCUAA